UUAACUUCCUUUAUGGCUGCGCCCCUAUCACCAGCAUCCAGCUCAGGGUGUGGGAGGGGAUCCGUGUGCACUCGUAUUCGUGCAAGAGCAACUAGAAGGAACCCUAGGACAUAGUUGCAGUAGUAGUUGUCUUCUCUAAGGGGGCCCUGAAAUAACAUGGACCGUACGUACUAAGGGCCCCCAGGCCAAGAAACUGACUCAAAGACACAAGCAUAAACCACACAAUGGUGGCUGAGGAGGUUAUCAUCACCCUAUCUGGAGGAGCACCAUGGGGCUUCAGACUACAGGGAGGAAUUGAGCACCAAAAGCCUCUGCAGGUUGCCAAGGUGCGUAAGCGAAGUAAAGCAUGCCGUGCUGGACUUCGUGAGGGAGAUGAGCUGGUAUCCAUUAAUGAGAAUUCCUGUGGGAGUCUGUCGCACGCCCAGGCCAUGAACCUGAUCGACAGCAUGCCAGGAACGCUACAUAUCCGGGUUAGGAGGGCACCGGCUGGCUUCCAGUCAGUGGUUCUGGUUGCUCGAGCUCCUUCUCCCCGCAUUGAUAAAGAGUACCGUGCUGCCAUUAGGGCCAUGUCUCCAUCCAGCUCCCGACCUCACCAAUCAAGUGUGCGUCAGAUCCACUGUGGAUCCCUGAUAUCCCCGACAGGACGCAGUGGGUUGACCUCCCCGCCGGGCAGUGAGGCCUACUAUGGAGAAACAGACAGCGAUGCAGACGUGGCUGCUCAUGAGAGGCAACGCAAACCAAAACGACGUAGUCCCAGCAAUUCACCUGCCAAGGCCGGUCGAGCCUCACCGGAGGGAGCAGAGACUUCGGAAAUGAGUGGGUAUGACAGUGCCUCGGAUGCCCAAGUGUACAACCUUUUGGGGUCUAAUGAAAGAGAAGAUACAUUGCCUGGUGUAGCCCGCAGAGAAGUGAUUUACCAACCCCCUCCGCAUGGAGCCUGGUCCUCUCAGACCUCCACUGAGACCUCAUCCAUAAGUACGGAUGACCAAAACCCACGAGAAGGGCUGAUAGAAGAGGACAGUGGGUUCCAGGAGCCCAAAAAUCUUGUUCCUCUUGUUUCUCCAGAGAGAGCCAAAGAAGCUCUUAUGCUGAGCUCUCGUGCUCAGAUGGUGCCCAUGGUUGGGCCAGUUGACAAUCCAGUGGAUGAGGAACUCACACUAACAUACAUGGAUAAAGCAAAACAAGCAAAAUUGAACCGUGGCGAUACAGUCAUGGACAAACAGGUGAAAGAGGCUCGGUCCAAGUGCCGCACCAUCGCCUCACUACUGACAGAUGCACCAAACCCUCAUUCAAAGGGUGUUUUGAUGUUUAAAAAGCGCCGACAACGCUCUAAGAAAUACACAUUGACCAGCUUUGGAAGUGUUGAUGAGGACAUGAGGCAGGACUCUCAAGAAGAAGAUGGCAUAUUUCCUGGCAGUGAAUCAGAAUUUGAUGAGGAAGGUUUCUCUUCUGCACCCGACCCCACAUGGGACAGUGACUACCUUGAGAUGCUGGAGAAAAGAUCUGCUUCCAGAGGUCAGGAAGGAGAGGGUGGUGCUCUCAGUCCUGGUCUGAGUGAUACAUCUGGGAAGGGGGCGCAGUUGUUUGAGCAGCAGAGGAGAAGGGCUGAAGAACAUGCAAAGAAAAUGGAAGCUGCACAAGAACAUUUACAAAGCCAAAUGCCGGGCAUUGCACUGAAAGAGACGCAAGCAGUUCUUCAACUACAGACACCGCAACCGCAACCAGAGCCAUUGACAAAGCCUAAUGUCCAGCCACCACCGGUUGCUCCGAAACCUGCCAGACCUUCAAAAACACUUUAUCAUGAGGUUCCACCAGCAGAGACUCAAAGCCUGAUACAGAUGGGCACACCUCAAGCCACUUCCACUGUGCCUGUUAUGGUUAAUGGAGAUACUUCAAUCACAGUGGCACCAGCCCCCGCUGUGUUGCCCAUAACUAAUCUCUCAGUACCUUCUGCAGAAACUGUGAUGCCUCCACAACCAGCUCCUCUACCAGAACUUCCUGCUAGCUCUGUGUUAAACAGAACUGCCCGACCUUUUGCCCCAGGCUGUGUUACCAAUCGGGCAGCUACUGCUCCUGUUGUGUUUCGCCCUACAGUCAGUAAGAAGACACCCAGACCUGUUUCAGUGGCUGUGGUUGCACCUCCAUUCUCUGCAGCAUCAGAAGAACAUGCCAUGGGUGUCACCCCUGCCUCCUUCGUUAGCCAAGUCACAGUGAGUCAAAUAAGUGCUGUUGUCCCUGCUGAAAUGAUACCCACACAGGCUUUUAUGCCUGGAAAGUCUGUUCCUCCACCUGCUUCUGUAUCCACAGAAUCAUAUUCUCAACCUGCUCUUCACUGCUCCUCAUUGGAAAACAUCCAGGUUGCAUCAGUGCCACCUCCCACAGUUCAAACCCAAGAACCUACCUUUCCUGUAGAAGCUGAAACAACUGUUCCUCCUGGAAUCCCUGUGACCGCUAUGGCUCCUGUUAUGACUCCUCAGGCCACUGAGAUACCAUCCCAACUCUCUUCUGUAUUAACUUCUGCAGUUUCUGAGACCUCUUCUACUGCAACUCAGCUCUCACCUGUAGUCUAUCGUGAAAAAUCCUCUGCCGCCUCUGGCCGCACUGGCAUUCUCCAAGAGGCCCGUCGCCGUAGUGCCUACAAGCCGAUGUUUAAAGUACCUGACAACAAGAAAAACUCCCCCAACCCUGAAUUAUUGUCUAUGGUGCAGAACCUAGACGAAAGACCCAGGCGUGGAUAUUCUGAACCAGAAAAUAUUACUUACAGCAUUGAUGACAAUAGACCAAGGGUGCCACCACCUGUGGCUCCUAAGCCAAGGGUCAUCCCAGAAAUAUCACAGAUCCCUCAAGCGGAGGGAAGAGGUGCAGAGCUGUUUGCUCGUAGACAGAGUCGCAUGGAUUUGUUUGUUGUAGACUCUCCACAUCUGCAGCCUGCACCUCUACAACCACAACAAUCCCAAUCAGUCAUAGACUUGAUCGAGCCACAUCCAAGCCAAUCUCAAUGGAAGUAUUCCCCUAAUGUUCGCGCUCCUCCACCGAUAGGAUACAACCCCUUGCUGUCUCCAUCCUGUCCUGUUGGGGUGCAGCGUGGGGGUGCCAAGGUGUCUGAGGGAAGUUCCAAAGGAAGUAAGGGUAGCUACGGUGUCCCAAAAGAAGGUAUCAAAGCCUUGGACUUUAUGAGGAGGCAGCCUUACCAACUGAACCCUGCAAUGUUCAGUUUUACUGGUGGCCCUAGCACACAGUCCUUAGUUUCCUCCUACCAGAGGCAACAAAGGGAAGGCCACACUCUGACACCACCCAGGCAGAUCCCAGUAAAGGCGGCACGUGUGUAUGAAAUCAAGCGAUUCUCCACUCCCACCCCAAUGUCAGCACCAACUCUCAACCCCACAGUGAUUGUACCUCGCUCACAUACAACACUUGGUGAGCACAUCUCUCGGUCCGACAUGACGUCCCCUCUACCUGAACCUGUACCCGAAUUAACUUCGGCACCUUCACGAGCCCCAGGCCUCCCAGAGCUCCCUAAAAUUUCAGCUGUGCCGAUCCCUCACCCCACACCGUACUCACCCCCAGCUCCCAUGUCAAGUAUGUCAAACCUAAGCUACUCUGGGCUUCAAGCUGCCAAACAGUUUAAGAGUGCUCCUGAGUUAAGUUCCUUACAACCAGACCCCUUAAAGUCUCCUAUCCAGGUUCCCAAACCCCGUUUCAUUGCAACGCGUGUGGGCAUUCAGCCCCGCGUCUGGAGGCCUGGAACCCUUCCUCACUGAUAAUGUAACUUUACAUAUGGAAGAAGCUGAACCAUCUGCUUCUGUUGCAGUCUCAAAAUUCAUACUUUUCAAAUAUGAUUUAAAGGAGUAGUUCACUACCAGAACAAAAAUUUACAGAUAAUGUACUCGCCCUCUUGUCAUCCAAGAAGUUCAUGUCUUUCUUUCCUCAGUCGUAAAAAAAAAUGCAGUUUAAAUGCAGCUUCAAAGGGCUCUAAAUGAUCCCAGCUAAAGAAUAAGGGUCUAAUCUAGUGAAACAAUCUUUUAUUUUCUAAAAAAAAAAAAAAAAAAGUACAAUUUAUAGACUUUUUAACCCCAAAAGCAUGUCUUGUCUAAGUCUGCAUGAGUCUGAGUCUGCUGUCUGCUCUGUUUUUCUGGUUCAAGACAGUUUGGAUAUGUCGAAAUACUCCCAUCUAAUUUUUUCCUCCAACUUCAAAAUCAUCCUAAAUCACUGCAAAAGUACCGACCCAGUGUUUACAAAGUGAACAUGCAAAGAAGGUCAAUGCCCUUUACAAAAAAAGGUAAAACAGUGAUGUAGGACGAUUUUGAAGUUGGAGGAGUUUUUCGACAUACCUUAACUGUAUUGAACCGGAAAAAACAGAAUCCACGCAGACCUAGACAAGGCGAGUGUUUGAUGUUAAAAAGUAUGUAAAUUCUAAUUUAAAAAAAAAAAAAAUAACCCAUCGUUUCACUAGAUAAGAUCCUUGUUCCUUGGCUGGGAUCAUUUAGAUUGCAUUUUUGAAGUUCAAACUCAGGGGCACCAUAGAUGUCCACUAUUUGGAGAGAAAUCCUGAAAUGUUUUCCUCAAAAAACAUAAUUUCUCAACGACUGAAGAAAGAAAGACAUGAACAUCUUGGAUGACAAGGGGGUGAGUACAUUAUCAAUUUUCAUUCUGAUAGUAAACUACUCCUUUAAUCUAACUUGAAGAUACAAAGAAAUUAUAUUCUUUAUUUCAGAUAAAAAUAUACUGUGGAGUAUAUUUGUUGGGUUUUUUUGAGAGUGUUUUUCAAAACUUCACAAAAUUUCUGUUAAAUGUUCAUCAAUAUGUUUAAACCUUCAAAUCUACUUACUCUCUUUACUUUCUCAAAGCAUGUUCCUGCUCUUGUGAAUAAUUUAUCUAUGCUAUUCCAAAGAAAAAAACAUUGUUUGACUUCGAAAAAACGUGUAGCUUGCUAUUCCUCUGAAAUGGCUAACUUGAUGUCACUUAAAGGAUGUUAACCAACAGCCAAAUAGGUACUUGGGCAUUGUUUUAGCGAACUUACAUUCGGUCUGGCUUACUAGUGAUGUGUAAUGCCUAGUAUUUCUGAAUCCAGUCAUUUCCUAAUGGAUAACAUGAAGUGUCAUACUUUUUUUUUCUCAUUGCAUAUCUUGUUUCAUUUAUUCAUCAGAAUUAGAGUGAUUAUUUGCCAAGUGUGCGCAAAGCCGCAAACACACAAUGAGUCACAUUACGGCAGUUAAAAAGGGUUGCAAUGCUAGUUCAUGUUGACUUAAAAUGUUGACUUUAAAUCCAACAUAUAACAUUGUAAAGCUGUGUUUAUUUGUCAGUGCCUGCUAGACAAUGUGUUUUUGCAGUGCAGUGUUCCCAAUUUUAUAGGGAUACGGCAAAAUACAUUAUGACAUGUCACCAGAAAAAACUAUUCAUAUAGGCUGGACUGAGGUGUUUUGAAAUAUUUUUUCAGAUUUCUCCAUAAUGACACACACAUAUGUGAGAUUUGUCUUUUGACAACUUUAAAAUACUAAAGUGUGGUCACUUUGCGGAUCUUGGGUGUAAACCUUGAUCUGCUUGACACAUGAAACCUGAGAAAAAAAUAUAUAGAUAAAAUAUAUGGAAAAAAUACCUAAGAAAAGGCAGGCUGAGCCUUUGUUUUGCUGUAUGCUCUUAGGUCAAUCAGAAAUUAUAUAUCUCCUGGCAGAGCCUAAACUGAACAGGUGCAUAAGGGUCACAGCCUAUUUGUAGGAGCAAAGUAAACAGGAAACCAGGCUGGUUACUCAAAAUGUGCUCUGACUCGAUUUUUGGUCCUUAUAUCCGACUAUUGAUAUAGUAAACAGAUGACGUUAAUGAAAACUUGAGUUUUUAUUAUUUAUAGAAACAUAUUUAAGUGGUCAAAUCAGUAAGUGUUGGAAAGGUACGGUGUUGGAGAAAGACGUGGGCUGUCUGAGCACUGACGCAAAUCUGUCUUGUAAAGACAGGCGUGAAAAGUGCAAAGCUAGCACUGUCUAGGAUUAUCAGAAGGUUAAUUAGCCAACUGGCUUUACUGAAAUUAGUCAGAAUACUCAAAGCAUCAUGAAAUAUUUGAAUGGCAUGUGUGGCAGUAAGGCUGAUGAUUUCGGGGAUGGGUUGUUUUCGAAUGUGUUCCCAAAGUCCUCAAAACAUGGUAAUGUCUUAAGAAAAAAAAAUCUAGGGCUUGUAACAUUAAGGGAACAAAGGAUAGAGGUUUAAAGAAGGAAAAAACUGUUUAUAUCAAUGUGAAUUAGAUAUACAGAGAGGAUAAUGAUUGUAGUACUGGCAAGUGAGAAUAUUUCAUUUUUAAAAGGUCUCUCUUUUUUUUUUUUUUUUUUUUUUUUU